AUCAGGACGGUCUCAUUAAGGUGAACAUGGAGAAGUUGACAUUCUUCGCUCUGUCAGCUCCAGAAAAACUCGACCGCAUCGCCGCAUACCUGUCAGAGCGCCUGACCAGAGAUCUGAACCGCCACCGCUACGGGUACAUGUGUAUCGCCAUGGAGGCCCUGGAGCAGCUGUUGUUGGCGUGUCACUGUCAGAGCAUCAACCUGCUGGUGGAGAGUUUCCUCAGCACACUGCGCCUCCUGCUGGAGGCCGACAAACUGCACCUCCACAUCCUCGCCACCAACGCUGUACGUACUACACGAUGUACAGCGCGCAGUACUACACCAUAUAUGGCACACGGUACUAAACAUUAUUUGUAA